AUGGCUCGCAUCACGGGGUCCCGCAUGACGCGGAGCCAGAGCCGGGAGGCCAAUGCAGGGUUUAUGCCAAAUAAAGGUUCUUUAGAGCGAAAUUAUCUGAGUGGGCUGGCUGAGGAACCUUCAACUCCUUCUCCCGGGUUUAUUGUACCCAGGCAUGUGAUACCAGAGUCGCCUGAGAAUCAUGAAGGUCAUACCAAUGUCUCUGGUACAACCCUGGGUCACAACGAUGUGGAGCCUGUCGAUUCUCAAGUCGGUGAUAAAAUCGCGACCCACCUGCCGUUCGUUCAACAACAGGCGACCCUUGUGAUGAGUCUCUUGGUUCGCCCGGACAUGAACCCGGACAGCCUUGCAGCUGAAUCCAAAAAGCUCCUGGACUCCAAUCACCCGAACCGCAAACGCCUGAGGCGGUCCGUUGAAGGGCUGACCGAUGAACUGGAAGACUCUCCUCUUUCUCGUGAUGGCAAGUCUUUUUUGGACAUCUCUCAGGCUCGUCGUUUGCUUUCAUCCGCACAACUGGACGCGUCAAUCUCAGAUAUCUACAUGACAAACUGCGCUUUGUUAACCCUCAACAUGUUCCUCCCCAGCAUCGGUACGGAGUCCCAGUCAGAGGUCAUCCAACAACUGGAUACCGAGUUUCCUGCGUGUCUCAUGAGCAACCUUGCGGACAGUUCUAUGUCAAGGGCAAUUGGUGCGAGUAACACAGCUGAGGCCACCUUCAAUCUUGCAUUGGGUAUCCGCACACAGUUUUUCAUCACGGAGUUAGAAAGGCGCCAACAUGAGCAAGACUUCAGCCCACUGUCCAUCCUAAGACAGGUAUUUGCUAUGGACCUUACGCCCAUCGAAGAUGACUCGCAGAGUAUCCCCGGCUCGUUCCGUGGGUUCAACUUGCCGGGUGUCUUACAGGACGACGAUGGCCAUCUCCCCGAACACCUUCCUGAAAAGUUUCUCAUCGCCGUCAGCGAUAGGUUCAAUGAGCUUUACGAGGAACUUUCCGAGUGGGAUUCCGUUGACAUUGAUGGUCUGAAAAAGGCAUACAGGUGGCGAUCGUUUGAGCGGGACCUUGCACGUUGGAUCUACACUCGUGACAGAGAAAUCAAGGAUGACAUCAGACGUCUGGCAGAAAAAGUCCAUAAUUCACCCGCAACUCGUCUCCUUACUUCCGUCUCGGCUGGGACUCCCAGCCGGCGUCAAGAAUCGAUAGUGCCUCCAAGUGGUGACAUCUCUCGUCGGGGACCCCAACAGUCUCAGUCUCCUCAGAAAGGACGAUUAGUGAACGUAGCACCAUAUUCAGAUAUGGCACCUCGGGCAGAGCAGGCAGAACAAGCAGCCCAGGCGGACCAAAUACCUGAAAAAAACGCUUCUCGGUCAGGCACCACUCCUCAAAAAGGUCCUAAACAAAGUGUCUCCGACCAAGCCCCACGGCUGGCAGCGAAAGAUCCGGGUCGGCGCAAGUCCAAAAGCAACUUCCGAGACCCGGCCUCGUUCGCGGCACUGAUGAGGCGCCAGGCUACUAGCCAUCAACAACCUGCCUCGGGCGUAGAAUCGCAGACGCGAAAUAUUUCUACGAACACAAGUAUUGCGGCCCAACCGAUUAAUCCCAGCCCAUCUGCCGCCGGCUCUUUUGAAGCUCAACAAUCUCAUGAGCUGAGAUACACAGACAUCGACGACUCUACAUAUGUAAACAAUGACGAGGAAUUGGACCUCGGCCAAGGCCCAGAACCUGAUGUUAUGACAUCGACCAGUCCUCCUAACUCCGCUAGAAUCAGCCAUGUCAGCCACAACCCUCGUUUCUUCGAUUCUCCGAGAGAUGAAAAUACACAGCGAUCGGUUCCGGUCGCUCGGCGAUUCCUCGAUAAGCAGAGUAACGCUGGAGUGGUGUCGCCGAUCAGCCAAUAUGACACUCAAGAUGCAGGGAAUUUCACUGUGUUGGGCAAGCGAAAUCGGAAUGUUGAUGACCCAGAUGAUGACUCAAGCGACGAGUCAGACAUUGAAUUCGAGCAGAAUAAUCAAACCGUGGAUCCUAAGCGCAGAGUCGAAAAGCCUCAGCAAAAUUUGCCUGCUGCGAAGAGACAGCGCCCCGACGACAAUGCCGUAUCUGCCGGACAACAGUUGCAAUCGAAUAUCAAUAAAUCCUUCCACCACAACUAUAACUCAUCGCAAAGUUCUCCAAGAGCGCAGACAGCUGAUAGUGACGAUGUCACUGAUGAAGAGACCACUGUUGAGCAGCAUGAACCACCUAGCACCCAGAGUCGCUGGGCAGCCUCUAAUUCCCAGGCUGCGAUGACCAAUCGCAGGGUCCCAAAGGCUAGCCACAGAUGGACAGAGGAAGAAGAUGAGCGUCUGAUCCACCUUAUGGGGAUUUAUGGUACUGCCUACGCUGCCAUAAAGAAGCAAGAUAAUGCUUGCCCGCCGCCUGAUGGUGGUCCCAUGCUUGAGCGUCGUUCGCAGGUGAAUUGCAAAGAUCGUGCUCGCAAUUUGAAGAGGAAAUAUCUCAGAGAAGGUCGACCACUUCCACCGAACUUGGAGAAGGCAGCAAAUUAA